GUGUACUGCUGCGGUGGUUGCAGUCGGAUCAUGUGGGCAGUGAAAUUUCACACAUAAUCAUCGACGAAGUGCACGAGCGCACGGUGCAGACCGAUUUCCUGCUGGGUCUGCUCAAGCCGGUCCUAAAACUCAGACCUGACCUUAAGGUUAUACUUAUGAGUGCUACGCUGGAUGCUACGCUGUUCGACAAGUACUUCCGAGCUUCGGGCUGUUCUCAGAUAGCUCACGUAGACGUUGAGGGCAGGACCUUCCCUGUCCAUCCGAUAUUCCUGCAACAAGCUGUACGGUUUGCGGACUAUGUUAUAGAGGAUGACUCUCCAUACGCACGUAGAGCGGUGUACGAUGCAGCUACUAUGUUGGCACUGGAGAACACAAGCAAAAGCACCACUCACCUUACAGACUCUGCAAAGCAUCUGAUGAAAGGCGUGUCAGCCACUGGGUUGGUUGAUGGAGGUGCAAG